AUGGCUUGCAUCCAUGGUUCAGAUGCUCUCGUACGUCUUCUACUCUCAGCCGGAGCUGAUUGCUCAGCUAUGGAUAGGCGGAACAACUCCGUAUAUCAUGUAGCAGCUCUUCAUGGCAAAGAUGACACUCUCAAAUUGUUGAUUCGCUAUGGAGGUGAAAACACGAAAAAACUGCUGUGGGCAACGAACAAGGAGGGUAAGACCCCACUUCAUCUGGCGGUGGACCGAAAUCAUCCAAGCACAGUUAGCAUCAUCCUUCCACUGAAACCCUCUAAUAAUCCAGACAUAGACGAGAGUCAUAAAUGGCUUCUGCACAAUGCCGCCGGCAAGGGUUACCUCGAACUGGUCAAAACGCUAAUUGAGAAUGGGUAUGAUGUUCGUCUGCAAAAUGAGGAGAUGCAGCUCCCAUUGCAUGCAGCAGCCAAGGCGAAUAAAGCCGACGUUGUGCGAUAUCUGCUCAAGCUAGCGCCUGACACUGUCGACGAACAAGAUGAAUACGGUUUCACACCGUUUCUGCGAGCCGUUUCAAUGAAUGCACUCGACGCAGUUAAGGUCCUAGUUGAACACCACACCGACAUACUCUUUGCCGAUUCUGAUGGGCGUACUGCUGUAUUCAUAGGAGCAAAGUAUAAUGCUGUUAAUGUGUUGGUGUACCUUCUAGAAGAGUAUCAAAAACGCAAAAUUGAUGAAGGCGACUCUUAUCCAGACGUGGUGAAUCAACCCGACCAUACACAGUACACACCGAUGCAUCUAGUUUGCCACAAUGGCUAUAUGGAAGUAGUUACUCUUUUGUACGAAAAUGGUGCUCGUAUUGAUGUCAUGAACGAAGAUGAGGCCAUACCCCUACAUGGUGCCGCAGCCACAGGACAGACUGCAUGCGGCGUACAAAUCAUCAUAUAA